AUGUCUUCCCCAAAUACAAAAAAAAUUGUUGCCUUACCUGGAGAUCACGUAGGUACAGAGAUUGUUGAUGAAGCAAUCAAGGUUUUAAGAUCCAUUGAAAAAGUAACUUCCACAAAAUUUGACAUCCAAUAUCAUUUAAUUGGUGGUGCAGCCAUUGAUGCCACCGGUGUUGCAUUGCCAGAUGAAGCCUUAGAAGCUUCUAAAGCUGCAGAUGCUGUCCUUUUGGGUGCAGUUGGUGGUCCUAAAUGGGGUACUGGUAAAGUCAGACCAGAACAAGGGUUGCUAAAAAUUAGAAAAGAAUUAGGUUUAUAUGCCAAUUUGAGACCAUGCAAUUUUGCCUCAGACUCAUUAUUGAAUUUAUCACCCUUAAAACCUGAAAUUGUCAAAGGUACCAAUUUUAUAGUAGUUAGAGAAUUGGUUGGUGGUAUCUAUUUUGGUGAAAGGAAGGAAGAGACCGAAACAGACGGUUUUGCCUGGGAUAGCGAAAGGUAUUCUGUGGAAGAAGUCCAAAGAAUUACCAGAAUGGGUGCAUUUUUGGCUUUGCAACACAACCCACCAUUACCUAUUUGGUCUUUAGAUAAGGCCAACGUCUUGGCAUCUUCAAGAUUAUGGAGAAGAGUUGUACAAGAAACUAUUAAGAAUGAAUUUCCUCAAUUGACUGUUCAAAACCAAUUGAUUGAUUCAGCAGCCAUGAUCUUGGUUAAAUCACCAACUAAAUUAAACGGUAUUAUCUUAUGUAACAACAUGUUUGGUGAUAUCAUUUCUGAUGAAGCUUCUGUUAUUCCCGGUUCCUUAGGCUUAUUGCCAAGUGCAUCAUUAGCUUCAUUGCCAGAUACAAACAAAGCCUUUGGUUUAUAUGAACCUUGUCACGGUUCUGCUCCAGAUUUGCCACCAAAUAAAGUUAAUCCAAUUGCUACCAUCUUGAGUGCUGCCAUGAUGUUGAAAUUAUCUUUAGAUAUGACUAAAGAAGGUGAAGCUAUUGAAAAAGCUGUCAAAAUCGUUCUAGACAAAGGUAUUAGAACCGGUGAUUUGGGUGGUAAGAACACCACUAAGGAAGUGGGUGACGCUGUGGCAGAAGAGGUUGUACGUAUUUUACAAGGUUCUGCGUAA